AUGAAGAACUCUGGUACCCCCUCACGUCUCUCCAAGGCUGCCUCCAGCAGAAUCUCUAUCGAGACUACCUCAGAUGUCGGGUCCUCCUAUUCCAAUUUUUCCGCCGCAACAACGAUCAAAGGCUCCAUUUUGCCGACUAAGACGAAGGGCUCCCUUUUGAAGCUCAAAGCCGAACCUAAAUAUUCUUUGAGCGACAAGUAUUCCGAGCAAAAAGCUGUGCAUUACGAGGCUCUGGCUAGCUAUUUCAGCAUGCGGUGA